AGGGAGGGUGGCGCAGAUGGCAGCCAUGACCUGGUACAAGUGUAUCCUGUUUCCUGUGUUUGUCCACUCUCAUUACGGGCUUCCUGCAGAGCGCAGUGCAGUGGCGGACAGAGGAGCAGAAAAGAGAGGAGAGGAGAGGAGAGGAGGUGAGAACAGAGGAGAAGAGAGCAGGGCAACAAGGGUGGGGGGCAGGGGGGUGACUACAAAGGAGAGACGAGCGUUGAAAGCAGUGUAGUCUUGCGAUAGAACAAGGCUUGGAGAAGAUGAAAUGUUUAAGAAGUAACUUUGUGCAACCUGUGUCGAAGUAUUUAACUAGAAAAGUGCUCCGAGAGUGCACCUCGGCCCUCUGGUGGAAAGAAACACACGCGCACCGCGAAUGCACAAACCAACAAACAGAAGUACAGACGAACACUCGAACGAUCACAUCACGUCCUUGGCGGAGGUAGCAAGAGGGACAUUUUGCCAUAAUUUGCCUCUAGCACAUAUACAGUAACUGUCAAACAGUAAUUUACUUCAGAGCUGCUUAUUCUUGCCUGUCACCCUUGUUGUCACCCAGCUUGGGGACGCAAUACCCACUUGCCAAAAAACAUGUAUUAACAUGUAACAAUCCACAAACUGACGUUUCAUUAUGUUUAAGCCAUGAAGCAAAAAUAAAUUCUUCAAGGAGCAUCUUAUUCCUGUUUCAGUAUAUUGAGAAGCAACCUGAUGACUGAAAUAUAAUUUAAGUAGACAGUGUGCUCUGUUCAACUGUGUGUUGGCCAAGUACAAAUUUGUAGUAGGCAAGAUGAGAUAUAGUAUGUAUCUUCUAGUCAUGGAGACUACAGUGUAAAACAUUGCAGCCAGGUAAACGCAAAAAGGUAAGUUGCCUUGCUGCUUUAAGUUUAUAAGUUAACUCAACUCGAGCCUUUCUCAAACUUGGGGUCUGAUCUACAUGCAAGUUUGUUAGUGAAAUUGAGCUCAAUAUUUAUAGUUCAUUAUGUUGUAUUGUCUUGAGUAAGUCCUUUUGUUUAUUUGUCAACAGCGUUUAAGCAGUUGAUGGGUAAACACCGUGUGGGGUGUUGGACAUACCCUGGCCAGAUCCACACUCCGCUCAGUAAACCCUUGUGUUUUCUGCUGCUCUAUAGAAAUAGGUCAAACAGGUUUAGCAACACUGGUCAGUGAAUCAGUGGGUUGUAACCUAUGGGUGAGAAGAAACAGAGAGAGAGACAGGGGAAAAGAGACGUAGGGAGAGACAAAGAGAGAGAGAGAUAGAGAGAGAGAGAAGGAGUGCAAGUGCUGAAAAGGUCGAGAGCUGAACAGAAUCAUCAAUGUCCAAUAGCUGCAGGCUAUUCUGGCUGUUGCUUGUGAUGGGUGUGUCUUCGCCACAUGACACCACAGGGGAGGGGCUAGAGCAAGCAACCGCCUCAGGUGUGUUUGAACACUUCAAAACACACAGACACAAGCACACACAGCAACUGAAAGAACCUGACCAGGAGGGAAACACAAGACAGAGAAAAAGGGGGCCACCAAACGUGGCUCGGAGGUGAAGAGGCAAGACAAGAACGAAUAAGAGUGGAGGGAGAAUAAGAGUCUGUUGCGGCCAGAUGUCAGGAUCUGAGGCAAGCGCUCAAGUCUCUAGAUUCACUGCGUAACCAGGAAGCCAGCUGCUCCUCCUGCUUCUGUCUGGACUUGUAGGGUGCACAAGGUGGAGCCUUUACCCAUGAAAACAACGUGGUAUUGCCCACUAGACCUGGCGACUGUGUCUGAGGAGGAGGAAGAUGGCCUCAUAUACACUGUGGUAGUGAAGCAGCAGCAUGGCACGUCGCCUGGCCCCCUGGUCCCCAGGUUGCGUUCGCGCUGCGUGAAGGCAGGCACGGAGGAGAAGCUGGUGCUUCACCUGCUGCAUGCCUUCUCCAUGGGGGACUCCUCCUUCGUCUCCAUCUUCCUCUCCACCUACCGCUCCUUCACCACCACACAGAGGGUGCUCAGCAUCCUGGCCGACAGAUUGGAGAACCCACCUGGAGAGAGUAAGAGGACCCAGACCAGGCAGGCUUUCAACAAGGCCGUGUGUACCGUCUUCAGUACGUGGCUGACGGAGUACCCCGAGGACUUCCGUUCCCUGGGGGACCCCUCGUGCCUGCUGCGCCUGGCGCCCAUGCUCCCCACUGACCCGGCGGGGGCCGAGCUCAAGGCCCGAAUCCUACGAGUGGCCGAGGAGGUCAGCGAGAGGCAACUUCUCCCCGACGCACCCAGAGACAGGGGUUUCUCUGUGAGUUCCAUCGGAGGCGACAGGACGUUAUUCGAUGCUGCUCUCAUCCUGGGCUUCCCCGCCAGCUUAAUCGCCGAGCAGCUCACCAAGAUCGAGACAGAGCUGUUCCUGCAGCUGGUGCCGUACCACUGCCUGGGCUCCCUGUGGUCUCAGCGGGACAAGAAGGGGCGUGAGGGCCAGUGCUGGUCCGUGCGGGAGACGGUGCGGCAGUUCAACCGGCUGGCCAAUGCCGUCAGCGCCUCCUGUCUGUGGAGGACCGACCUGCGCGCUCAGCAGAGAGCACGCCUGGUGGAGAAGUGGAUCUGCGUGGCAGAGGCCUGCCGAGCCAGAAAGAACUUCUCCUCCCUCUACGCCAUUGUGUCGGCGCUCCAGAGCAACCCUUUGCACAGACUGAGGCGGACUUGGCAGGAAACUGACAGGGAGGCGGUAAGACGAUACGAGGAGCUGUCAUCCAUUUUCUCCGAGCGAGACAACUACUCACAGAGCCGGGAGCUUCUCAAGGAGGAGGGCACUUCCAAAUUCGCUAACCUGGACUCAAAGUCCAGUGCUCAGGGCACUGUGCCUUACCUGGGCAUCUUCCUCACUGACCUCACCAUGCUGGACACUGCUGUCAAGGACAAGCUGGAGAAUGGCUACAUCAACUUUGACAAGAGGAGGCGGGAGUUUGAGGUUCUGGCCCAGAUCCGCCUCCUGCAGUCUUCCAGUAAGAACUGCAUCUUCACCUCCGACGAGGCCUUCCUGCUCUGGUACCACAGCGUACCCACGCUGAGCGAAGAAGAAAGCUACAGGUUAUCCAAUCAGAUCGAAGCUCCUUGUGAACCCAGUCCCGCCCGCAGCGUGAACCCCACUGUCAUCAUCACGCAGUGUCCCAAUUCAAACUCUGCUGUGAGCAAUCCCAUGCUCGAUGGCGAUGGAAUAUUUGACUUCCCCUCCCCCGUCAAUCAGCUGCUGUCUAAGCUUGCCAGGCAUAUGAAAUCCCCUUCCGUCUCCUGUCUGGACGUGGACUCGUCGCCCCCUGUGCCCGCGGACCAAACCCCCACUGCCCUGACGCCCUCCACACCCAUCAAGUCCCAUCGCCGCUCUGUCUCCUGUGGCAACAACCCCGCCGGCACCCCCCAGGGCUCGGGGCCCGACAUGCGCAUCAUCCGAAUACGCAUGGACCUGCACGACGGAAAUUUAUACCGGAGCAUCCUGGUUACGAGUAAUGACAAAACUCCCUCGGUAAUCCGCUCGGCUUUGGAGAAGCAUAACCAAGACACCACGGAAGUCUCCAAAUAUGAGCUUAUCCAACUACUGCCAGAGGGGAGAGAGCUGACCAUUCCUGCCACAGGAAACGUCUUCUACGCCAUGACCUCAUCGAGUGUGGACUUCCUGUUGAGGAGACGGAAGGGAAGCCCGCCGUCCGGCUCGCCCUCCAUCAGCAGCGAGACCAGCGCCACUUUCCCCCGCGCCAAGACCAAAGCUCACCGGCUGGUCCGCACGCUCUUCUGACAUCCACUGUGUGCACGUUCAAGUAUUCGCAAGUAGUGCUCUCCCCACUGCAGAGGACUUCUGAGUCUGACCCCACCAGGUCAUCCUUGCCCUGAGUCUCCACCCAUCUCCAUCACAACAGGAGAUGAAGUUGAAACUAGAAACUGUCUGGCUGGUCCAUGUGUGUGAUAAACAAGAGCUAAGUGGACUGAACUCGGGACCUCGGGACCUUGAGACCCUGACCUUAAACUCUGCCAAGUCCUGAGAAGAGAACUCACCCCAAGUACUGACUCCACCUCAAGGACGUCAGCCUAGGAUUUGAUCACUAGGAGAUAUUUCAUAUUCUAGAGAACCAGUUCCGAAUGUUACAUAUAUUUAAUUUUAUGAAACAUGUUUCAUAUAUGUUUAGUCUUUCCUUUAAACGAAGGGCCAAUUGCAGUGGCCCUAAUCAAGAGUUUAUUUUCCAAUAAGAUGAGUAAGAAGUGUAAAGGGCACCUAUUGCAAAUUAUUGGUGUGUGCCGAUCUAUCUAGAAACCCACCUGUUUGCCUUUGGAAACCUCCGUCAGAGAUUGUCUGUAACUUGCUGCCGUAGCAGAGGCAAACGAUACAUACCUACGUGGAAACAUUACACUAAUGUUGAGCACUUACAGAUGGUACUUUGGGCGUUUUUCCAAUCACAUUGCUUUUCUUUAUGCACUCUUGCAUAUGCCCCCUGAAUGCCUGACCAUCCUUAUUACUGAACCAAAGGUUUCAAAAGUCUAACUAUUACACAUUACGCUUCAACCAUCAGAACGUUACAUUACAGAUCAGCAUACUACUUGAAGCACUGCCAACAAAGCUCAAGACAAAAAAAAUCAGCUGCAAUUUUUAAACAAGAAAAAAAAAUAUGCAAAUACUGGUGGAACAGUAGAAAAACAAAACAAAAACAAAAAACAAGAGGAGCAACAUAAGCUGGUGUGUAUAUACGUAUUUAUGCCUUAUUUGGAGUGAUGCUGAAGCUGUUGAGGAUCACUCAGUUGUAAUUUGUUGUGUUGGUUUGCCGUCAUACUCUGGUGACACCUGGAGGGUACUCCAAGGAGCUGGUUCAGUAGUUCACCAGGUAAUAUCAACCUUGAGGUAGUGGUAAAUCAUCUAAUAGAAGAGCCUGGAGUCCUCAUUUUCUUAACUACAUGAUUCCUGUGGGCUAGUAGCAUGUUUACCACUGGCUGCAGGUUAACUCAGCCAGGUGUAUCACUUAACCAAGUUCUUGGAAUACCCCGCCAGUUGUCAUUGGUUUGCUGUUGUACUUUGGUGACACCUGGCUGCCUCUCGCUGUGGUGCUGUUGAUAUCUCUGCUGAGCCGGAGGCACCAAAGAAGGGCUAGGAGGAGGAGGAGACAUAUGCGUGUGGUCUUGUUGUGUCGUGUGUAUUUGUGUGUGGGAAUGUAUGCGUGUGUUCUGUUUGUCCCCUUGUGUUGCCUGUAGUCGCUCGUUUGUUAAGUGCCUUGUGUUCUCAGGUGCCCAUGCCUUCCAUGCAUGCUUUGAACAGCACAUGGCCGACGUUCAAAGGUAGCAAGUCGUAUCUGUACAGUAUAAUAUGGCUAUGACAAAGUGAUGAUCAUGCACUACAGUACGCACUACCUGGACUUGUACUGGAUGUACAAUAAAAGUUAUGUUUUGAUACUACACCAGUGUUGUGUUCAUGUGUUUGCUGAGUAUUCGUGGCGAUAGCUAGCAUAAGAUGUAAAGGCAACAAGAAGCAGUGUGACUUGUGUGAUGUACUAUCUACACUGUACACAUGGGAGUGCUAUUCACAAUGUGUUUCUAUAAAAGAUGACUGAUAUACAGUAAUAGUGCUUAUUUCGGGUAAGCAAGAAAAGUAUUGUCUUUCAUCCAAAUUCAUGUACGUUCUUUUAUUCCAGAAAUACUGUAUGAUGCGUUAUGGUAUGGACUCGAUAAACAUUCUCUAAAAAUCAAAUGACUCUCAAAAGGUACCGACUGCACAAAACAAAAAAACCCUACAUUUUGAAUAUUGAAGAGUUUCGUUGGAAAACGGCUCAACAUUCUCCCAAAUGGAUAUACACAUUUUUGCAACCAAGCUCUUCUAUUAUACAUUAUACGUCUAUACACAGAUAAAAAAAAACAA